AUGAGUAAAACACUGCUCUUAAGUUUAAUCUUCAAAUCUUUACUCUAUUUCAUCACAUUUUCUUUCAUCGGCAAAUGUUUGUGUCAUGAAGUGAGUGUGGGAUCUGGUCCUCGGUUUGUAGCGGAGCCGCCAUCAAAAGUACAUUUUUCUAACUCGUCGGGUGCGGUCAUCGUGUGUAGUGCCACGGGUUCACUGCCCAUCAAGACUUGGUGGACAUUAUCGGACGGAUCCCCUGUCAAUGAUGUGCAUGGCUUAAGACACAUACGCAUGAAUGGCGAACUGGUUUUACCCCCGUUUUCAGCGAAUAUGUACAGACAAGACAUUCACGCGACGAUAUACCGAUGUUUGGCCAGUAAUGCUAUCGGAACUAUUAGAAGUCGUGACUGUCAAGUGAGAGCCGUGGUUCACCAAACAUAUAAAGUGCAAGUCUAUGACGAGUUUGUGAUAAUGGGAAACACAGGUGUCAUGAGAUGUCAAGUGCCGACAUUUGUUAGGGAAUACGUCAAAGUUAUCGCUUGGAUUAAAGAUGAAAAAGUUAUCACAACUCUUAUGUCACCAAAAGAUUCUCGAUAUGUAAUCCUAUCGACUGGUGAAUUGCUUAUACGUAAUGCAUCCAAACUGGACAGUGGUUUCUAUAGGUGCCAAACAAGACAUCAAUUGACACACGAUAUAGUGGUCAGUUCAGUGGCCGGACAGUUCAUUGUGACCGAGCCUCACGGAGGUAUAGCACCUCGUAUAUGGAGUCACUCUAAUGUGAAAGUAUGGGCGGGUGAUAGAGUGGAACUGGUAUGUGUGGCACAGGCCUGGCCGUCACCACAGUACAGAUGGUAUAAAGAGGAUGAAAGUGGUCUCAUAUCACCAAUACUGUCCACACAACACAUGCAUAUAUAUGACUCGUUUCUUGUAAUAAAUGAGGUCCAGUCAUAUCAUUCAGGGAAAUGGAUUUGUGCCUCAAAUAACAGUGUCGGAGAAGAGAAAGUGAGCAUCAAAUUAAUGGUUAUUUCGACAAUUGUCGUCCAUAUAGAGCCUGCCUUAUUGGUGGCCGAUAUCGGCAAAGGUGUCAAUUUUAACUGUAGUUUCACCGGUACUCCACAUAACUAUCAUGUGGUUUGGCUUAAAGACGGCCGUCCAUUAAUAACCGAUGCUUUCAGUGGUGCACUUAAUGACGGAAGGGUUCGCCUCAUUCAACCCACACUAUUAUCCAUUAGAAAUGUUAUCAGAGAGGAUGCCGGUUGCUAUCAAUGUGUGGUACAAUCGGAGUUUGAGUCAUCUCAAGCCACUUGUCAAUUGAAAUUAGGUGACAGUCCACCCAUUAUGUUGGAGACAUUCAAAGAUCAGCUAAUUGUCGAGUCGGGACAGUCUCUGUCAUUACGAUGUGCCGCAUCUGCAUCACCACUGCCACAGAUUAAGUGGUUUUUAGACGAUCACAGUAUCAAUGAUAUGUCUGCCAGAUAUCGUGUCGGAGAUUAUGUCACACAUGGAGGACAAGUCAUGAGUUACGUUAACAUUAGUGCCGCACGUGUUGUGGACAGUGGAGAUUAUCGAUGUGUAGCCGUCAACGAUGCGGGUCAGACCUCAUACUCUGGUAGAAUCAAUGUGUUGGGAGCGCCAGCACUUCGCACAUCUUGGAUGUCAUCUUCAUCGACGACAAGUAAUAUUAAUAAUACGGUUACAGUAGUGUCUGGCCGUCAAAUAGCUUUGCGCUGUCCUGUAAUCGCAUAUCCAAUUGAAUCGAUUGUAUGGCAACACAAUUCAAAUACACUGCCUGUAAAUCACAGGCAAAAAAUUGAACCCAUUAUUAAUGGUGUCGGCGGUAAACUACAUAUCAUUAAUGUUCAUCGCAACAAUGACCAGGGUGAAUACUGGUGCAUUAUCAAGGGCUCUAAUGGAAAGCCAGUAAAAGGAAGCAUCCAUUUGAUUGUUAAAGUCGCGCCUUUAAUUGAUGGACAGCCAUUAUCAGAGACUACUAGAGCUAAUCAGGGAAUGAAAGUCAAGCUAAUGUGUUCAAUACUGGAAGGCGAUCCACCCAUACAUAUAAAGUGGUUCAAAGAGGACUCGGACACACCGGUCCAAUCCAGUCAUACCAUUUCGUUACAAAACUCGGAAGACUAUUCACUUUUGACAUUCAAGAGCGUUGAACAUAAAGAUAUGGGACACUGGACUUGUAAGGCCUGGAAUGAUGUCGAGUCAGUUAAUCGGAGCACAUAUCUCAUAGUGAAUGUGUCCCCGGCCUGGAAACAGGAGCCUAAAAAUACUUAUGUCGUGUUAGGCGAAGACUGUGUGAUUGAUUGCUGGGCUGAUGGAUCUCCACUUCCUAAAGUUAUUUGGAAAAAAUCAAUUACAACUAACAGUGAUAUAUCAAGUGAUUCGGAACAUCCGUCCGAAUACAGAGAAGUUGUCUCAUCUUAUAGGCAUCAGGUCUACCAAAACGGGACUUUUUUUAUCCAAGAAGUUGAUAAAUCUGAUGCCGGUUUCUAUAUGUGCCAAAUAUCUAAUGGUAUCGGUGCGGGUCUAAGCAAAGUGAUUCAAAUAAUAGUUCAUUCGCCACCAUAUUUUGAUAUCAAAUUCAUUAGCAAUAGUGUUGCAAAAGGAGAGACAGCUAUCAUUCAAUGUGAAGCACAGGGAGAUCCGAUACUACGGGUUGAGUGGCAGAAAGAUAAACAAAAGAUUAGUUCAUUAAUCGACAAAAGAUAUUCAACAAAACAGGAAAUCAUAUCUCCGCAGAAAGUCAUCUCAUAUUUGGAGAUAUCAUCCACUGUUAGACAUGACUCAGCUCUAUAUACAUGUGUCGUCUCCAAUAACUUUGGUACCGAUGACACUAAUAUACAGCUUAUAGUACAGGAGGUUCCGGAGCCUCCUUAUGGAUUGACUGUCACAGAGAUAGUCAGUCGAAGCGCAACCAUAUCGUGGAAGUCAUCGUUUUCAGGCAACAGUGCAAUCAUUAAAUUCACAUUAGAGUACCGGACAAACUGUAGUGAAGAUCACUCAUGGCGUGAGAUGUCAACUGCCACAGCCAGUGAUAAUAAACUUAUAUUAAGAGCUUUAAUACCAGUUUGUUAUUAUGAGGUCCGUAUGUAUGCUGAAAAUGCUUUGGGAAGAAGCGAACCGACGUCUUCAACGCUUGUCUUUCAAACAAACGAAGAAGUACCUGGAGGUCCACCAAUUGAUGUAAUCAUUGAGACCACAUCAUCGACAUCAUUGAAGAUCAAAUGGAAACCACCGCUCAAAGAAAUCCAAUUCGGAAAAAUCAAAGGUUAUUACAUCGGCUAUAAAAUAGCAGAUUCUGAUGAACCGUUUCAGUACAAGAAUGUCGAUAUAAUUGGUGAUAACGAUCCAAACAAAUUUGAGACCAGUUAUGUGACUAAUUUGAAGCGAAAAACCACUUAUAUAAUAGUAGUUCAGUCAUAUAAUAGCGUUGGUGCCGGUCCUCGAAGUGAUGAGGUACGAGUGGCCACAUUUGACUCUCAACCGCCCACUUCACCACUUCUUGAAGUGAUCUCAACCACAUUUGAUUCAAUAACAGUGAGAUGGGAUGCAAAUCAAAAUGAUAUCGAAGAGAAAGAAUAUGUAUUGCAUUUUAAAGAAGACAGAGAACAGCAGUGGCACCAAAAGAAACUGAAGACUAAAUCAAAUCAAUAUGUUUUAGACUCGAGUAAUGGUAUGGCAGGCAUACGAUGCGGAACUAAAUAUAAACUAUUUAUGACGGCAUCAAAUAGCUUAGGAACCGGAGAACCAAGCGAAACCAUCAGCGCUCGGACUAAAGGUGCGGCACCGCUAUCGCCGUCAACUCAAGAGUUUCUUAUACCAAACGCUACGAUAGCACUGCUGAGACUCAGCAGUUGGCAAAUGAGUGGCUGUCCUAUCAAAUGGUUUACUUUCAAAUACAAACCUAUACAUCAAAAACAAUGGAUCGCUUUGCCUGAAGACGUGGCUUUAGAUAAAGACUUUUAUUUUAUUAGAGAUUUGGUGCCAAAUAAAGAUUAUAAGCUUUUAGUGAGCGCUCAUUCAGAUGCAGGUGUUACUGAAGCUGAAUACAACUUCAAGACAUUAAAUACAACAGUUUUGGUGAGAGUAGCGUCUGUACCCCCCGUGGAUGCCUCAGCUCAGGCCGAGUCGCUGUCACUGUUCCGCAACAUAACAGUUCUUUUACCGGUGAUUAUAUCAAUAAUAGUAUUGUGUGUUAUAUUGGGAACUCUGUUGGGUUGUAUGCGUCGACAACACGUCAAUCAAGUGGUCAAUGGUAUGAAUGGCAUGUCUGCAGUCAAUUCAAGCAAUUGUAUUCAUAAAACAGAUUUAAGACAAUCGACUGAAACGUUUCAAAUGAAUGACUUCCAGUGUAGCUCUAAACCCAAGUUUAUUGAAUGUCAAUCACCGCCAACAAAGAGUUACAUGAAUUCAACUUCUUAUUAUUCAUCGCCUCAUCGAAAAUCUCUGACCACUGCCAUCAUUGGCCAUCAACGGAGUGAACACGAAUACGCCGAACCACUAACACAAGUGGCCACUCGGUGUAUGUUUACCGAUGAAUUCAAGUGCGAUAAUAUCAGAUCAGCUAAUAUGAUGCCAACUACUGUCCAAAUGGGAGACAAAAUGUAUGCUACAAUCAAAAGAAGUCCUCCAAUGGCUUUCACCUGA